ACUUCUGACCACUGAAGUCUCAUCCACUCAUAGCACGCUCUGGCUUUCUCUCUUGUGGUGAAGUUUUGACAGCAAGUUAUUUUCCAAUGGCUCAAAAAUUCAAACUCCUCUCUGUUCUUUUGUUAAUUUUAGCCUGUCUGGCUUAUACACCACCUUCAGAAGCUACCACCACUACACCACCUUCAGAAGCUGUCAACAUUGGACUACCUUUAGAAGCUAAUACCACUACACCACCUUCAGGACCUAGUACCACUACACCACCUUCAGUUGCUAACACCACUACACCACCUUCAGAAGCUAAUACCACUACACCACCUUCAGUUGCCAACACCACUACACCACCUUCAGAAGCUAAUACCACUACACCACCUUCAGAAGUUACCAACACUACAAAACCUGCAGAAGUUACCACGCCAACAGCAGAUCCGGCUGGUCCAUCCACAACACCAACACCUACUGCAACAACAACACCAGCUCCUACAACAACAAAGCUUCCUGACCCUUGUUUUGGAAACACAUGUGGCGAUGGGAGCACCUGUGCGCCUCGUUUCAAUCAAAGCUAUGCAUGCUUGUGCUUGGCUGGUGAGAACUACAAUAAUGAAAGCAGAAGAUGUGAGAGUGCCAAAGUUUUCCCUGGACAACUCACCCUGGCUGGAUUCAUUUACAAUGAAAAAAUGUCUGACAUUACAUCACAAGAAUUUGAAGUUGUCUCAAAAACUAUUACUGAAGAGCUGUUGAAUGUUUUCAAAGGCUCUGUGGGUUACUCUACAUCUAUAGUGUUAGCACUCGGGCCCACUAAAACCAGUAAAGUUUGGUCAAGGUCUGAGACAGGGGUCAGAGCAGAUGUAGAGAUCAUCUUCUCAGAACAGGCUGAAAUCACAACAGCACAAGUUGCAGAGACGAUGAAAACAGCCAGCAGUGGAGACGGUGUUCUGGAAGGUGCAGUUUUUGAAGGUACAGACCUGUGUGAGAAGAAGCCCUGUGAUGAGAGCAGUACAACGUGCAAAUGGACAGAUGGAUCGUUUACCUGCACCUGUUUGAACAAUUACAUUGAAACGGACUUCACUACCAAACUGUGUGUUGCUUGUCCCAGCGGUCAACAAGCUGAGGGUUCCAAAAAAUGUGUCAAUUGUCCAUUUGGUUAUUCUGGUUUUAACUGCAGUGAAUCAUGGAAGCUGGUGCUGGUAAUCGUUGGCUCUGUGCUCGGGGGACUGCUGCUCAUCACACUCAUUCUUCUGCCUAUAGUGGCACUCAAAUCCUCAAAGAAAAGCUCCAAGAUGGACAAAAAUGCAGAUAUUGGGAAGCCUUACAUUAGCCACCCUCCUGCCAAUAAACCAUUGGUUAACAGCAGCUUCGCCAACAGCCAGGCGACCUCUGUUAACAGGCAAGCCAACGGCCUGUCAGCCUUUGCCAAUGCUGGGGUGCCCAGGAUCCCACGGGCCACAACCACCAGCUGGGACAGCAGGCCCGACCUGGAGAUGUCUCCAAACACCAGCCGGCAAAACUUGAUCCCUGUGGGGAGGAACUCUCGUUACUACGACGACCAUGAUGACAACCAGUAUGCUCAGGCUCCCUCCCGGACUAACCCCUAUGCCCAGAAUCGACCUGAGAUCAACCCAUAUGCUCAGAACCAAGGCAACAGCAAUCCUUACUACAUGCACGACGAUGAAAGACGGUUGAAUUAAUGAAGAUGAUCAAAGAUUCCUCCUGCAGUGACAUUUACCCAGAUCAAGACCUCUUCCCCCUCCCCAAAUAACUGUACACCAUUAAAACACCAUCAUGCUGAGCGUUGUGGGAAUAGAAACACAAACGUUUCAUAGGUCCUAUGCAGUAUUGUGAACGCUAUGUUGAUCCAUUAUAAGCUUUCAUAAAUCAUUCCUUUCAUUCCUUUAUUAUUCUUUGUUCAUGUUUGGGAUAUGAUCUGCACUGUAGGUCUUUAUAAAAGGUUCUUAGUAUCAUUCUUGUUAAUUAAUGAGAACAUUACUCUUUUGAGAAUGUCUAAUUGUUCAUUGAUAUUGACAGACAGAAAUGAGGAGCUGUUCGAUACCAUUGCACAGAUAAUGUCUCCCUCGUCUAUGUAUUUACAACUUCUUACCACCAUGUUUUGUUUCACUCAGAUUUUGUAAACGAGAUGAAGCUUUUUUUUUUAUGAAAUAGAAUUAAAUGACUUAUUCCUCCAAAUCAGAGCAUGUUAGGGCCCUCUAUAUAUUUCAUGUUAUUAUUUGUAUAAAUGUUUACUAAAUUGAAAUUGUUUGGUGUUU